AAAUUCAUUUUCAAUAAUGUAAAUAACGAUUCGUGUUGAAUCCAAAAUCGCCUCGUCUGAAUAGGGAUGGCAACAUUUUCACUUUGGUGAAAAACUGAGAAAAGCAAUAACUUACAUUUGCAUCAUCUUUGUAGCGAAGGACCAAAAAUAAAAUAAAGACUUUCUAAUCGAAUUAUGCCCGUGGCAUUGGGGUAAUUCCCGAUCGUAAUUGGAGGAGCGAACAAAGUUUUGUUUUUGGGCUGCCGCUAGCACCUUUUUAAAAUACGCCUUCUGAGGGAGACUUCAAGAAUCAACGGAUUUACUCAAUACUCUUGUAUAACCUGGCAUAUACAUUACAGUAUUACUGCCAACAGUCUUGGACUAUAGGGCCCAUAAAGCCUCAAAAAAACGCCUUCAGAUUGAAUAGUGUAAAAAGAAAAAAAAACAAAAAAACGAAUAGCUUUGCACGGCUCCACUCCAAAUAUUGCAAAAUGAUAAGCGGUGUGCAUGAUAACCAAGAGCUACAACACGGGACAGAUGAAUCGCAAAAUGCGGCUGAGUUCAUUAAUGGCACGAUAAUGUGCACUCAUGAUGGCGUUCUGCUCCGAAAGGCCAGUGUGGAGCAUAUAACCUACCUAAAUACAAGCGGUUCACUGUCAAUCAUCGGUUAUGACACACCACAUCGUCUCUUCAUUGAGUGGCGGCCCAACGAUAACAUACUUAUUGCUGAUGAUAGCCAGGAUUGGGCAGUCGUUGACACAAUACCACGACGUUCGCGCACCAUUUCUGAAUGUAAAGCAUUCAAUAUCAAGCCCACAACGGAAACUACUACAGUCAAAAGUCCUCGUUUAAUACGCAAUCAACUGGAUGAACUCGGUGCUAUUUUAGUAAAACAUCGCGGACAAGUGUUAUGUUUCAUACAUAAAUGCGAUUAUAGCGUACACAGUGAAUUCUUUUUCCAACACGGUAAUGCUGAUCAGUUUGUAAAGUCUAUGUGUGACCUACACAUUAUUGAAUACUCAUUUACCCAAGAUGGAUGCACAGAGUACAUUGUUCUCAAUAUGGAGACACAAAAACUGAAACGCACAUUCGCUGAGCUAAACAUCGAUGACAUGAAGAAUAUGGAAUCGAAGAAAGAAAAAGGCUGGGUGAAAAAUACUUGGUCAGGUCUGCUUGUAAACUUACCCGACUUAGCAUCGGGUGUCAAGGGAAGUUCACCGAGAAAUUAUUCAAUGCGUCAACAACCAACAACUCGAAAUGCUGCAAAAUACAGCGGCAGCAGUAGUGAAGAUCAAUCACCGGUGGAAGCCGAACUUGAAAAUUUGAAAGAAGUGGAUGAGAAGAUUGUUAAUACUUUGCCAGAGCGGCCUUGUGCACAGAGAAGUAAGCCUUUAAAUGAAUCGCAAUGGUUAGAGUUUCAAUCGGCAGAUGGCGGCAUAAGAGAUACUUCUCGCGUUAAGGAAAUUAUAUUCCACGGAGGCAUUCACUACAAUUUACGUGCUGAAGUGUGGAAGUACCUCUUGAACUAUUAUCGGUGGAAUGAUUCUGAAGUCGAGCGUAUUCAACACCAUAAAAACAAGUAUAAGGAGUAUUACAAAAUGAAAGCACAAUGGUUAUCAAUGACAACUACGCAGGAAGAAAAUUUUAGUGGUUUUCGUGAUCGUAAAUGCCAAAUCGAGAAAGAUGUAAAACGGACUGAUCGUUCACUACAAUUUUUCGCUGGUGAAGAUAAUCCUAAUUUGACGGUGCUACAUGGCAUACUUAUGACCUACGUUAUGUACAACUUCGAUUUGGGCUAUGUACAGGGCAUGUCCGAUCUUUUAGCUCCUAUACUUUCCAUACAGGGAAAUGAAGUGGACGCUUUCUGGUGCUUUGUUGGCUUUAUGGAUAUGGUCUUCGCCAACUUCGAUAUUGAUCAGGCUGGUAUGAAAACGCAAUUUCGUCAACUUCGUCGUUUAGUUGAAUUUUCUAAUCCGCGACUUUUUAACUAUUUGGUCGCACAUGACUCCGAUAAUAUGUUUUUCUGCUUCCGCUGGUUACUUGUUUGGUAUAAACGUGAAUUCUCAAACGAGGAUGUGCUCAAGUUGUGGGAGUGCCUUUGGACUCGAUUUCCAUGCCCCAAUUUUCAUUUGUUCAUUUCUGUAUCCAUAUUGGACAAAGAAACUGAUAUUAUAAUCGAAAACAAAUAUGAAUUCACGGAGAUUUUAAAACACAUCAACGAACUCUCAGGUCGCAUCGACGUCAAAGAUACAUUAGAAAUAGCGGAGGCACUUUAUCUGCAAAUUAAAGCGGUGGAAGAUUUGCCUAAUGAUAUUCGGCAAAUUAUAGGGGAGCCGCAUUUGGUAUCAGAACAGGACAAAGAAUUCCAUGAAAAUAUAGUAGAACAUGAUUUAUCAGAUGAAAUGUAUGAACUAGUGCAUAAACCAGAGGAGGAAAGACGGCAUGAAGAGCAGUUCGACGAAGCGUGUGAGCGCUCAAUGUUUUUAAAUUACACAUAAGUAGUCAACUACUGUUUAUUGUUUUACUAUUACUACACCGCAAACAUAUUCUGAGCGCUUAGAAAAUAUCAGUCCAGAAUGAGUUCUACGUAUGUAAGAAAUAUAAGUUUCAAAAAAUAUAAAGAUUUGCCUUAUACAUAUAUCUCACACCUAGAUCUAAAGUGAGCUAACUCAAAAUUCAGAUCGAGAAAUUUAACUAUUUGUGUGUACAUUCAACGCAAUUAAUACAAAAACAGUAGUUUUCUAGUUAGUGUAUAUAAUCAUGAAGAAAAAAGGUAAGGAGGUAGGUACUAUGCAUUGAUUUCUGUGAAAAAAUUGUCCUAAUUUGUUUUGAGUUGAUCGCACUUUAGAUCUAGGUGUGCGAUAUGAUACCUUUAGCCUCUUUUAUGAUACAAAUUAUGAGCCGUAACCUUCUUACAACAAAAAGCAAUACAGAUUCGGAAUUUCUUUCUAAACCUUUUAUAAAAAACAUGAACAAUAAUAAAAACUAAAAUAUAUAUGUUUGUAAAUAGAA